GAGGUUUGGUAUGGUUACUGCACAAAGUCCUUACCGUAAUGCUUAGCUGUACGUACUCGCGUUACCUGCAAGCUUAGAUGCCGGCCAACCCUAACACACAGUACUAUCCACUUCAUAUUGGCUUUCCUAAACGAACUAAAUAGGCAAAAGAUCAGCAGCAAGGCACGAUCUUAAUUUCGGGUGCGAUCCCCCACGCAUCUUCCUCAGCAUCCUCCGCGGCCUAGACCAUCCUAUGAUAGCUCCAUCCGUUGCUGCUUAAAAGCUUCCAUUCCCUCUACUAUUGCCAGCGGAAGCGGCUGCCAGUGUGCCGAGGCCUGCAGUAAUGGCUGUUCGGCAUUGCAGCACGCGUUGCGCAUGGCCGCAGCGCCAGAGGUUACCCGCAACACUGUCGCUGGUACGACUUCAGCAGAGCCACCAACAGCAGCUUCGGCACACCCGCUUCACAGCAAUAACUUCAGCAACCGCGGCCGCUGCAAAUUCUAAGGUGGCUGUUGCAACUGCCGCUGCAGCAGCAGCAGCUGCUGUUGCCGGCCCACCUCUGGUCUAUCCCCCGCACACGCAGGACCCGCAGGUCAUUUAUCGCGCCCUCUCAGCCCCUCUCAUCGCCGCCCUGGGCGGGGAGGGCAGCUGGCAGCUCUACCUAGCCACCCGCUUCACACGGGAGGUGCUAGCGGGGGUGGCAGCGGCGCUGUUCCUGUACGGCAUGCUCCUUCGCGUUGUGGAUUCCAAGAAGCAACGACAACAGCAACUGCACGCCAGCAGUAGUGACACUGGUAGUAGCAGCAGCAACAGCAGCAGCAUUGGCGGAGUCACUAGCGCUAGCAGUAGCAGCAAUGAGAUGAUCCUUCACUUGGCGGCCGUCGCGCUCACAAGCCCUCAGGCCCGGUUGCUGCUGGGAGGCGUGUUGGCGGUCAACGUGGCACGCAACACGAUGUACAUCUUGGACGGCUUCAUCAGCAAGUUCAACCCACGACUGCCAAAUGAUUGGUUGGACGACCUGGUUCGACUGCUGGCUGAGAGUUUGGACCCACUGGACUGCCUACUCACCAGGAUGAGCCUGGUGGGUACGGCGCUGUUCGGCUGUGCCGUACUGUUGCGGUGGAAGGACUCCCUGGUGUCGUAUUUUGUACGGCAGCACGUCGAGGGACUGGAGCGGGGGCAGGAGGUGGUGCAGAACUUCAUCAACCCCGCAUCAAACCUGCUGAGCUGGGUGGUGGUGGUGGCGGUGGCGGGCUGGCUAGCAACCGGGCUGGGGGUGAAUUUGCAGCAGCCGUUACUGGCGGUUGGUGGCGCCAGCGGUAUCAUCAUCGGUCUAGCCACGCAGCAGGUGCUUGGCAACUUUGUGAGCGGACUCAACAUAUACCUGGCGCGCCCCUUCGUCGCGGGAGAGUACAUCAGCCUCAUCAGCCAGAACCUCACCACCCAGACCCAGGUCAGCGGUCGAGUCAUCCGCAUAGACCCGCUGCGCACCCUUAUUGCGGCGGAGGACCACACCACCAUUGCAGUGCCUAAUCAGGUCAUUGCAGUCAGUAUCGUGGUCAACCGCUCGCGCACCCCUGCGCUCUCCGCCGGCGGCUGCUCCCCGCUGCUGAGCGCCUGCCCCCGGGAGCUGAGGUGGCGCAUGCGGCUGCCGCAUGAGGCCCUGGGGGACCUGCAGGCCCUGGAGGAGCGCAUCAAUGUCGGCCUGGCCGACACCCUGCCCACCAACAGGGUCCGCUGCUCGCCCGCUGCUUUGGAGCUGCUUAGGUUCACAGAGUCGGGAGCGGAGGUGGCGGGCAAGGUCAACCUCGCCUGGCCCAAGCGGCGGCCUGCGGCGGGUGCGGAGCAACGAGGCACGCAGGAGGCGUUGAUACAGGCCGCCCUGUUGGAGCUGCACCGGGUGGUGCGGGGCUGCGGAGGCAGCUUCCUGGCGCACUAGGAGGCUGGAUUGACAACGGGGGAGGCAGACGCAGGGAGGAAAGCCGAAGGAAGCUGGAUUCGUGAGCCCCGCAGCUUGUGACUUCUGUUGAAGACGGCUAUGCAGGAGGAAUCUGGGUUGGGCGUUUUGAGCUUUCUGCGCUGAGAUGUGGCCGUGUUGGGUGGUACGGUAUGCAGCGUUGAAUACGAGCCCAGGACUUGUCGUCACUCGUCCGGUCAGGUCAUGUACGGCAGGAAGUGGGGG